GUGCUGUCAUUCGUCGUCGUCACGCAAUCAAUUGAAUAUGCAACGUUUUGAAAAUGGCAGGACUUGACGCCUUGAAAUCAUAUGGAAGCGAUAUCGAUAGCAGCUCAGAAAGUGAUGAUGGUGUUCCCGAUGAAUCCCUUCAAACAAGCAGACAGGAGCCGGGAUUUAAAAACCAGGUGCAAAAACGAUCCCCUACAGCUGAGAUCAGCACCCUGCCACUGCCUGGUGAAAUUCUUUCCAUGUUCAGUAGUCCAUCCUCUGAAAUGAGCAACCCUAUAGAGCAUCAGGGAAGGAUCCGAAGCUUUGCUCAUACUCCAGGAAACUGGGCCACGUUUGUAUACAUACCAGCUGAAACUCCCAGCCUAUCCAGCCUCACAGAGACACUGAUGUCCUGCUUGCCUCAGGAUCUGACCUUUCACCCCAGCGAUGACCUCCAUCUCAGCCUAUCCCGGACAGUGUGUCUACAGUUCCACUGGAUUGACCCAUUCAUACAGUCAUUUCGCGAGAGGGUUGGCCGUCUAAGGUCAUUCAGAUGUCAUGUUGAACAGGUGGAUGUGUACACCAAUGAUGAAGAGACAAGGACGUUUCUGGGUUUGAAGAUUGGAGCUGGCCAUGAAGUAUUAUGUGACCUGGUGAAACUGGCCGAUGACUGUCUUCAAGAAUUCUCAUUACCAGUAUUCUAUGAGGAUCCAUCAUUCCAUGUUAGUUUCUGCUGGUGUGUUGGAGAUGUGUCGUCUAAGAUUGGCCCCAAAGUGUUGCAAGAGCUACAGAAUAAGUUAAACAACCAUCUUGGUGAACUUUCAGUCGAUGUGCGUGAAAUCCGCUGCAAGAGCGGCUGCAAGAAGUUUGUCUUUCCUCUAAGAUGAAAUCCCUUUGUGACUUUCACCAGAUGGCACUGUCGAAGAGAAACGAUACCAGCACUGCUAAAUCAACUGCAAUCGCAUGUACAUUCUACUCCACAUGACUUGACAAGAACAGCUGUGAGAGAUUUCUUUUGGGAUGUCAUCACUCAACCCAUUCAGGGUGACCUCACAUGAAUGCCAAUUAUAGUGAUAGAAGUCCUUGUGGCUUCUACCCAGAAGGGCUGCGGAAGAACUGCUACAGGUGUAGAAGAAGUAUCUUCCAUGAAGAUUAGGUCAAGUGGCUUCAAGUAAGUCCCUUGGUAAAAGAAAACGGUAUCUGCACUGCUUAGUCACCUGGAAGCUCAUGUAGGUUUAUGCUCAGCAGGACUUGACAAGACACGCUGCAAGAUGUUUGUAUUUCCUGUAGGAUGUAUUUUGAUGGAGGGGAGAUUUCACCUGCAUAAUUCAGUCAACUAGAAUUGCAUUUGGCUUCUCCUCAACAUGACCUGUGUGCAAAAGAAAGAGCAGAAUGAAAAGAACCAGCUUCAUACACGAAUGAAUGGUUUGUACACACCAGUGAAUUGAAAUCAAUUCCUUGAAACCAAAAAUUAUAAAGUCUGAAUUUUUCAUACUUCUUGCAAUUUUUUCUGAGAUAUUCUUUUUAAUGAU